AUGGGCUUCACCGUCGGCCGCGACGACCCCCAGGCGCUCGAGCAGAUGCGCUCGAUGCUCACCGUGAAGCAGAAACAAAAGGAGCUCAUCGAACAAAGACGAGGCAGCACCGCCUCCAUCUUGUCCACCGCCCCACCCAGUGUCAACAUCGUCAACCCGCCCGAGCAUGAGGACGAGCGUGACGUACGAGUGCCGCCGAAGGCUCAGGCGCAGACUUCGGGCCAGAGUACUAGUGCCACUCGCCGCGGAUCGUCGUCGUCCCGUCGCUGCGGCGACUGCCUCCGUGCCGUCCCAGGCCACCCGCCGCACGCCCAUCCACCCCAUCCUGUCCACUCGUCGCAUCCGAGCACGUCCAGUCUGCGUCACGAUAGUCCGGAACCCGACCUUCAUCCAUACCACGACGUCCACUGUGGCACCACACCACACGCUCCCGCGCCUCCGAUCAGCUUCGCGAACCGACGCGCCGGCCGCGGCGUCGGAGGGGCGAAGGGCAAGCCUGCCGAUAUUAUGAUCAACCCACGCGCCGGCCAUCCAGAAAACCAGCCUGCAAUCCAGAGUGCGCCUCCAAUCCCGCGUGCGGACCCGACCGGUAGGUUUGGCACGAUGGCGGUCCCGAGCUUACCACAGAUGAGCGCCACCAGUACCGCCUACGCCCACAAGACUGACGGUCGCGCGCAAUCCUGGCCCGAGCAACCUGGGACCGGGGGCAGCCGCGCGGCGGGGCGCUCGCCGCAGAACGCGUCCGUGCCGAUCGCGAGCUCGCUCGUCCCGCCGACGCCGGCGACGCUGCACCACCCGAACUACUCGAACGAGCGGUCGGCGUUCCUCGCGCCGUUCGAGCUGUUCUACGACGCGCUCGCGGACUCGAAGCAGCUCAAGAACUGGCUCGCGGACAGCUGCAGAAGAGCCAGGCCCUCGCCGCGGGCCUGCAGCGCCAGCAGGAGCAGCUCGACGAGCUGUCGAGGCCGCGGUCGAGAAGCGCCGCGUCGAGGAGCUCGAGCAGGCGCUCCGCGGCGCGUGGCGGGGAAAGGGAAGGCGAACGGGAUGGGGGCGGUCCCGCCGGAGAGCUAUACCUUCCCGCCUGUCGAACCGCACAUGCGCCGCCCGGAGCAGGUGAGGAGGGCGCCGUCCCCCGUAGAGUACGACAGCCGGAGCUACCCAGGAUCGGAGGCUGCGUCGCCUGCGCCGUUUGACGUUGGUCGUCGGCUCUCGGUGAGCGCCGUUCGCAUGGCGCCGCGCUCGCCCCCGGAGCCCCCGCACACGCGCAAGGCGCUCGCUGUGCACCCUACGGCGCGGGAGCGUGAGCUGUCUGGGCCGGGUUACCCCCCGCCGCCGUCGGCGCAUCCGGGCCAUAUGGGAAGGAUAGGGAUAGGGAGUCGACGUCCCGCGGGCCCGUGGCUGUGA